AUGCCAUCUAUCUCGCUCCCAGGCCAAGCCCACGUUCAGGACCUCUGGAACAAGGCUUUCGACUCUCUUGACGACGGCUUGCAGUCGAAUCUGCAUCAUGCUACGACACACAAGCGCGACAUAUUGGCGGCAGUCUUGACGGUGGCUGAGGACAAGAGGGCUACCAGUCUCCGCAAACGAUGGAAAUUCAAACGACCGAAUGGCGAGGAGGUUGUGCUUCGCGACCUUCUUGAGAAGAUUGCCAAAUGGAUCAACUGUUUCAAAGCAGUUGGCGAUGUCGCCGUACAAUUCGACGCCAGCAACGCUUCGCUGCCUUGGGCGGCGGUAAGGUUCCUACUACAGAUCACGGUCAACGAUGUUCAACAAUUCGGUGCCAUGGUUCAAGAUCUCGAGGUUGUUUCUCGGAUCAUUGCUCGCUACAAAGAGUUUGAGCUUUUGCAUCUUUCCCAAAAUUCUUCUCUGCAACCAGCGCUAGAAAUCGCCCUCGCUGGUCUCUACGCGGAGGUUCUGACGCACUUGGCCCAGACCAUAGAUUUCUUUUCAAAGUCGACACCCGUCCGGGUGGUAAAGGGUGUCUUUAGGGUUGGCGAUGAGAACUGCAUUCAGAAGAUACUGAUCCAAGAGAAUGAAGUCCUAAAACUGGCUAAGCUCCAAGACACCGAGGUUCUGCGCUCUCUGGAGAUAACAGUUCUCCGGCUUCGGGAUCAGUCCAACCACAACACCCGACUCCUUGAUGAAGAACGCCUCGUCAAGAUGGUAUCGUGGCUGUCACUAUCACCUUUUCCCAUCCAUCACGAAACGAUCUCUCAGUCAAAGACGCCAAACUUUGGCCAAUGGCUGCUCAAGCACGAGACUUACCGGGACUGGUGUCAGACUAGCUCCUCGUCCACCCUUUGGCUUCACGGAAUCAUGGGCUCAGGCAAGACAUAUCUUUGCUCGGUGGUGGUGGACUCGCUGCUGGCCACCGCUGCCUCGCAGAGUGGUUCUACCCCCUUUGCGUACUUUUACUGCCUUAGAACCGACUCAGAACCAGAGCGAUCUUCGAUAGAUGGCAUUAUCACUGAAGCUGUGGUAAUUUGCGCUCUAGAGAAUCGUGAACCUUGCCCAUCACUUUUACAAGCUCUCUGGCAACGCAAUCCGUCUCUCGUCGUCACUCCGCUGAUGAUGAAAGCCGCCAAAUCUAUCGUGGAGCUCGAGUUCCUCCUCCAACGCCUUGGCCCAGCGGGGGGGAGAUUGCAAGACGUCGCUAAAUUUGUAUCUGAGAAUGACGAGAAUUACAGCCGCAACUCUGCGUCACGGGCAGAGUUGCUGGCUUGCCUCAUCCGUCACGACUCGAAGAUCAAACUCACGGCGCUGAUGGUUGAGAGUAUCCUGCCAAUUAGGAACCUUGCGCUACUGGAUGAGUUUCUCACACAUGAGCCCGCUCUUCCCGUCACAGAAGAGCUCUUCCUCAAUAUCUUCAAAAGACUUUUCCGAGACAAUGAACUCUCGGAGAGAUGCGUGACGCUAUAG